UAUAUUUAUAAGUUCUGAACGAAUCAAAAUUAUUAACAAACAAAAAUUAAUUCUGGCGACCAGUGUUAAAAGGGAAUUACCGUUAUUAAUUGAGACGGAAUAUGUCGGAAACAAUUGCAAAGGUCAUCUACGGCACCGUCCUGCUGGCGAUGAUAUUGCAAACGCCUAGGGUGUCCAUUGUAAUCACAUACGAUCCGAACCGCUCUUAUCACUUCAAUGCCGGGAUCAACGGUAUCCGGUCGAGCUUUCUGGUCGCCGCACUCUUCACUAUGAUGGCCGUGCUGCCCGUUCGUGAGUUCAAUGGAUUCAUUAAGCCUGUGCUGCUGCUGAGGAUUACGGAACGAACGCUAGUUCACAAUUCCUGGAACUGUUUCGCCAAAGCUCUGCUGGCCUACUGCGCUCUCUUCGGAUUCGCUACAGAGCUGAUGCUGCACUGGUACUCCAUCUAUCAAUACCAUAACUGGCAACACGCCAUCCACGAAAAGUCCCCAGCUUUAUAAACCUGACACUGUUGCGACUGAUGCCUCCAAUGACACUAGCGACAUUAGUUGAUCAACAUUGUUAUUGAUAAAAAUCCCAUUCACACGCAUAUACUACACGAUCCUAAUUAUAAAUGUCUUCAACUGCUACUGCUGAAAAUAAAUGCUGUCGAAAUUAAUAACAGUAAG